AUGCUUGCUCUCUCAUACUUGGAGCAUUUUCGAUCACCGAGGCCGGCAAUUAUCCUCAACGCGUAUCUGUUUCUCACCAUCCUCCUGGAUAUUGCCCAGACUCGCACCUUGGGGUUGGCAUCAGUAAGCUUCGAUGAAAUAGCCUAUUCACGCUUGUUUACCAUGGCUGUGGUUGUCAAAACCCUCCUGAUUAUCCUCGAGUCUCAGCAAAAGACAAGAUGGCUUAGCUGGGAUACAAAAGAACACAGUCUCGAGGAGACGAGCGGCUUGUACAGUCUAGGCGCCUUUGCAUGGCUCAACAAACUAUUCUUGCUGGGUUACAAGCGGACUUUGACUCUCGAUGAUCUCUACCCUCUGGAUCAGGCAAUGGCCUCGAACAUUCUACACACCAAAUCCGCCACCUUCAUCCUCAAGGGCCCCCAAAAUCGCAAAAAUGGUCUUGCCAUGUCGACCGCGAAAGCCCUAGCCAUCCCGCUCCUCCUCCCAGUCGGGCCACGAAUUGCCUUGACCGCUUUUCAGUUCUGUCAGCCAUUCCUCAUUAACUCGUUGGUGAGCUAUCUUCAAAUACCACCCGAGCAGUCCUCGCGCAACGAUGGGUACGGCCUAAUCGGCACUGCGGCAUUGAUUUAUACAGGCAUUGCGAUAUCAGGCGCGAUUUAUUGGAAGACGUUGGAAGCUAAGCUGUCCGCAGCCGACGACUCCGCUGCUCUGACUUUGAUGAGUGCAGAUGUCGAGCGCAUCAUUCAAGGCCUCUUGAAUAUCCACGAACUCUGGGCGAACAUAAUCGAGGUCGCACUCGCCUCCUGGCUCUUAUCCGUCCAGAUCGGCGCAUCCUUCGUUGCGCCCUUGAUUGUCGUUGGUUGCUGCGUAGUUCUCACGGCCUUCCUCGCAAGGUUUGCUGGACCGCGGCAGAAAACGUGGAUGGAGAGGAUCCAGAAAAGGGUUGGGCUCACAUCGAAUGUCAUUGGGGAAAUGAAGCAUUUCAAAAUUGCCGGUCUGGUAGGCCCGGUCGAAGAAUCGAUCCAGCAAAUGCGCGUUGACGAGGUCAAGGCCGGCGCCAGGUUCCGAAUGAUCAUUACCUGGUCUGUCAUUAUUGGAUACACACCAAUGUGCAUCUCUCCUGUCGUGACUUUUGCUUUCGCUGCGCGGACUCUCGAUACUACCAUCAUCUUUACAUCGCUGUCGUAUCUCCUCCUGUUGUCAAAUCCGCUGGUGAUUCUUUUUCAGAUGGUCCCCGGCUUCAGCGCCGCUCUCACCUGCCUCACCCGUAUCCAAAUGUUUUUAGAGAGAGAUUCAAGAGCAGAUUUUCGCAAGUCGGAAUUCAUGCAUUCGAAAGAGAGAAUGACGACCGACCACUCUACAGCCUGCGACGGGGCUAUUCACUCAGUCUCAGCGAUGAGCAUCUCCAGAGGUAAUUUUGGAUGGGAAGAGGACAAGUUGACUCUCCAAGACAUCAACCUUGACAUUCCGGCUUCGCAGCUGACCAUUGUUAUCGGCCCUAUCGCGUCUGGCAAGUCAACUCUAUGCAAAGUCAUUCUGGGCGAAGCUCCUUUUGCACAAGGGGUUGGCUCCCUGGGGAAACAAAAUAUCGUGGGUUUCUCCGCAUUCGACGAAGAACGAUAUCACGAGGUUCUUGAAGCCUCUAUGUUACUUCAAGACUUGGCCGUCUUACCAUUAGGAGACCUGACCAACGUAGGCAGCAAAGGUCUUACCCUGAGCGGUGGUCAAAAGAGCCGGGUAUGCAUUGCAAGGACUUUAUAUCUUGAUUCCAGAUUUCUCGUGUUCGAUGACAUCUUCAGCGGACUCGACGCCGACACUGAAGAACAAGUUUUCCGCGCAAUAUUCCCCCCCACUGGCCUCCUUCGCCGCAGGAAUGCGACGGCGGUGCUUUGCACCCACUCCGUUAAGCAUUUGCCUUCCGCAGACCACAUCGUUGCUCUCGGCUCAGAUGGUAAGAUUGUGGAGCAGGGACCAUUUCUAGACCUCAUGACGAACGAUUUUGGAUACGUUCCCCGGACGCAUCAUGUUGUUGUUGGGGCAGAGACGGCCGGAUUAACUCCCAAGGAAGAACCGGAACGGGCCUUGGGUGACAGCACUGUGUUCCGCCAUUAUUUCGCCCGCGUGAAGAUGUGGAUCACUAUAGCCAUGGUAAUUUGCUCUAUCGGCUGGGGUUUCUUCAAUAACUUCAACGUCAUCUGGCUCAAGUUCUGGUCCCAGGACGUUGAAUCCGCAAACCCCAGGCAUUCCACCCCUUUUUAUCUCGGCGUCUAUGCCUUCUUUCAAAUGUCUUCGCUCAUUUGCCUCUUUGUGGACUGCCUGGCCGUGCUGGUACCCACUACUCAGGUCGCUGGGGCGAGGAUUCACAAGGAAGCGCUGGCCACAGUCGUCAACGCGCCGCUCAAGUUCUUCACCACCACCACUGACACCGGCGUCGUGACGAACCACUUCUCGCAGUAUAUGACAUUAAUCGACGGGUCACUCCCUAUAUCCUUGCUCAACAGCUCCGUGAUUGUCGCAACCUGUAUCGGGGUGGCCGCUGUCAUUGCCACGUCGUCUCAAUUCCUCAUCAUCACGUACCCCCUUUUGGCUGUGAUUCUUUGGGGUAUACACAAAUUCUAUCUCCACACAUCUCGGCAAAUCCGGCUGCUAGAUCUUGAAGCGAAAAGCCCACUCUAUACACACUUUAUCGACACGAUUAAAGGCCUCGCAACCUUCAGAGCCUUUGGCUGGGCCGAAGAUGGCAUUGCGCUCAACAAUAGCCUCCUCGACACUUCGCAGAGGCCUGCAUACUUCCUCGCUAUGAUCCAGCGGUGGCUAGGUUUCACGCUACAGCUCGUUGUCGCGGGACUGGCCGUGGUAUUUGUCACGCUGGCUACGCAGUUGCGGUCGAACUCGGCGUUUACGGGUGCCAAUUUGAUAACGUUGAUGUCGUUUGGGGACCAGCUGACGUUACUCGUGCAGCAAUAUACAUUGCCCAAGACGUCGAUUGGCGCCGUGAGUCGGCUGAAGAAUUUCAGUGAGAAGGUCGAGUCCGAGAACCUGGCGGAAGAGGACGUAGUUCCACCCCGCGAGUGGCCGUUGAAGGGCGGGAUUGAAAUCCAUGGGCUUUCGGCAUCUUACGGUAUCAAAAAAGACGGAGCUUCCGGGGAAUUGAAUGACCGUAGCAGCGACGACGACGACAGUAAUAGCGCAAGGUCCGCGCACCUCGCAAUUAAGGAAAUGACUCUCUCCAUAGCGCCUGGCGAGAAAGUUGCAAUAUGCGGCAGUAGCGGAAGCGGCAAAUCUUCCACUGUUCUUCUCCUCCUGAAACUUCUCGACCCGCUUCCCUCGACUGCGCAGAAUAUAACUAUUGACUCCACGCCGCUCCACAAGAUCGACCGCCAGACCCUACGCCAGCGCAUCAUCGCCAUACCGCAAGACCCCGUCUUCCUCCCUGACGGGACAUCCUUUCAAGCCAACCUCGACCCCUUCACGGCCUCUACUUACGCCGAGUGCCGCGCGGUCUUAGAAACCGUCGGCAUUUGGCCCGUCAUCGCGGAUCGCGGCGGCCUCGCAGCCGGAUUGGCAUUCGACACACUGUCCGCGGGGCAGAAACAACUCUUCUGCCUCGCCCGCGCCGUGCUGCGCGCACGCAUCCGGGCACGAGAACGAGUCGCCAAGUUUGGAGAGAGCGUUGCGCCGAGCGGGAUCUUGAUAUUAGACGAAGUGAGUUCGAGUGUAGAUCAGGACACAGAUCACGCUAUGCAGUCGAUUAUCUGCGCAGAGUUCGAGGGCUAUACCAUUGUGAUGGUGAGUCAUCGGCUCGAGAUGGUUAUGGAAUUCGAUACCAUGGUUGUCAUGGAGAAGGGCAAGAUUAUCAAGACGGGCCCGCCAAAGGAGUUGUUGAAGUGGGAAGAGGGUCGAUUUCGGAAGUUAUACUGA